AUGAACAAACAAGAAGACUUUGAACUUGCUCCUAUUGACCCUGAGAUCGAACACACUUUCAGAAAAAGGAGGAAGGCUCAAAAGGCUAACAGCCGAGGCACUAUGGCUGAGCAUGUUGAUGAAGAGGGGGAUGGCCAGCAAGUUACUAAUCCCAUUGUUUUAGCGGAUGACAGAGCCAGAGCAAUACGGGAAUACGCUGCCCCCAUGUUUAAUGAGCUAAAUCCAGGCAUUGUGAGGCCAGAAAUACAGGCACCUCAAUUCGGGCUCAAGCUAGUGAUGUUUCAAAUGCUCCAAACCGUGGGGCAGUUCAGCGGGAUGCCAACUGAGGAUCCUCAUCUCCACCUCCGUUCAUUCUUGGAGGUGAGCGAUUCCUUUAAGCUUCAAGGAGUGAGUGAAGAAGCAUUAAGGUUGAAGUUAUUUCCAUUCUCAUUAAGAGAUCGAGCUAGAUCAUGGCUCAACACUUUGCCUCCUGAUUCCGUCACAAAUUGGAAUGAUCUUGCUGAAAAGUUUCUGCACAAAUAUUUCCCUCCCACCCGAAAUGCAAAAUUUCGAAGUGAAAUCAUGUCAUUCCAGCAGCUUGAAGAUGAAUCAACCAGUGAUGCGUGGGAGCGAUUUAAGGAGCUUUUGCGGAAGUGUCCACACCACGGCAUCCCGCACUGUAUACAGAUGGAGACCUUCUAUAAUGGCCUCAAUGCAGCUUCUAGAAUGGUGUUAGAUGCCUCAGCCAAUGGAGCUAUUUUGUCCAAGUCUUAUAAUGAAGCUUUCGAAAUUCUGGAAAGGAUAGCCAGUAACAAUUAUCAGUGGUCUAAUACAAGAGCUCCAAUAAGUAGAAAAGUGGCGGGGGUUCUUGAAGUAGAUGCAUUAACAACUUUGACAGCCCAAAUGGCCUCCAUGACUAAUAUUCUGAAAAAUCUGAGUUUGGGGAACAACAUUCAGCCAGCUGCUACUAUUCAAAGUGGAGACAUUUCCUGUGUAUAUUGUGGAGAUGGGCACAUGUUUGAAAAUUUCCCUUCUAACCCAGCAGCAGUUUGUUAUGUGGGAAACCAGAAUUUUAACCGAAACAAUGGCCCAUACUCAAAUUCGUAUAACCCAGCUUGGAGGCAGCAUCCGAAUCUAUCUUGGGGGGGGGGGGGUCAAGGAGCAAGUUCCAGCAGCGCACCAGCACAAGGGAAGAAAGCUUAUCCGCCAGGUUUUUGUCAACAGCCAAGGGCUCCACAACCGCAACACCCUCAAGGCUCUCAAUCCAAUUCUUUGGAGAGUCUAAUGAGGGACUAUAUGGCAAAGAAUGAUGCAGUGAUACAAAGUCAGGCAACAUCUCUUCGUAAUCUUGAAAUGCAGCUGGGGCAAUUAGCCAAUGAUCUGAAAAAUAGGCCUCAAGGCAGUAGGGAGCCCACUUCAAUCCAAACAGAAGGAGAAUCUAGUAAAAAACCAGCAAGUGAAGCUAUUGAAACUGGCCCAGUUGAUACAACAUCGGGUCAGCAAUCUGUUCCAGUAAAGUCUAUACCAAAGCCGCCCCCACCAUUUCCUCAGCGGUUCCGAAAACAACAGCAAGAUGGGCAGUUCAGGAAAUUUCUGGAUGUUUUAAAACAACUCCACAUCAAUAUUCCCUUAGUGGAAGCAUUGGAACAAAUGCCAAACUACGUAAAGUUUUUAAAAGAUAUUUUGAUGAAAAAAAGAAGGCUGGGAGAGUUUGAGACUGUUGCUCUUACAGAAGGUUGCAGCGCCAUGUUGAAGAGUAAAAUCCCUCCGAAAUUGAAGGAUCCUGGUAGUAUUACAAUCCCUUGUUCUAUUGGGGGACGAGAUGUUGGAAGGGCAUUGUGUGACUUGGGCGCGAGCAUUAAUCUCAUGCCGAUGUCGAUUUUUAAGAAACUUGGUAUAGGUGAAGCAAGGCCUACAACUGUGACAUUGUAG